GUGAAAAAUCCUAUCAUAACAGAAGCAGAUGGUACCCGUAAAUUACGUCUUCAAGUCGACGUCGGGGAGUUUAAUCCUGACGAAAUCAUCGUUAAGACGAUGGAAAGGAAGUUGAUAGUUCAUGCUGAACACGAAGAGAAAACACAAGGACGAACGCUGCAUAAGGAAUUCAAUAAGGAGUAUGACCUUCCAGAGAGUGUUGACCCUACGACCAUAUCAGCUUAUAUAGGAGAUGAUAAGAAUUUAACAAUUGAAGCUCCCUUA